AUGAAUAUCCAGGGUCGUACCAUACAAAAACAUUUCCAGAAAUUUGACAAAGAGUCACAUUUGCUUAUCUUGCAUGACGAAAUUGAGCUUACCUUGGGGAAAUUCCAAUUUCGCAAACCGGGAAGUAGUUCAAGAGGUCAUAAUGGGUUAAAGUCAAUUGAUGGUGUUUACAAGAAUAAGUUUAGCAAACUUGGAAUCGGCGUGGGGAAACCCAAUGGAAAUAAUAUUGUAAGACAUGUAUUGGGCAAGUUUAGUGAAGAAGAAUUGCAAAUUUUGGAUUAUGAGGUUUUGCCUAAGGUUGUUGAGAAAUUAGAAGACACUAUAGCGACGACACUAUCGACACUAUCGAGCAAAGCGACGACACUAUCGAGCAAAGCGAGAUAG